CCCAAAAAAACCUUCAAUACUACCUCUCAAUUAAAUCCCAAAAAGCUUUAUUCUCCAAAACAAUCUUCCCUUGCUCUAACCCCAUUUUCAAAACAGCAACCUUCUAAUUCUCAUCAUCCCUUCUUCUUUUUUCCCAAAAAAAAGCAUCUUAAUUUGCUUGAACUACAAACAAUUGGUAUACAUUUUGGCAUAGUUUAGAGCAUUACGUUCUAGAUUCUACCAAAGAAUAUAGCAAAAAAAGCAGCGAAGAAGAAGACUCCUCAACCCAGUUGCUUAUAAUGGCUGUCAAUUGCUCCCAAAAAUGCUCUCUUUAGUCCUCUCCCUCUACACGUGACAAAACAAGACAAAAGAAUCCAAAUCCAUGGUCUCUAGUUACUAUAUAUAUUUUUUUCUCUCAAUUGACUCUCCCUUGUUUUGUAAUUCUAUGGCCACGGAGAUUGCCAAAGAUCCGGUUGAGGCUGACCCGACCGUCGUCGGAGAAGGUGGAGAACCGGGUAAAAACCGAGGUUGGAAGAGGCUGCAGCCAUGGACGAAGCAACUAACAGUAAGAGGAGUAACAGUGAGUGUCGUUAUCGGAAGCGCUUAUAGUGUCAUAGCCAUGAAACUGAACCUCACCACCGGGCUCGUCCCAAACCUCAACGUCUCCGCCGCUCUUCUUGCCUUCGUCUUUGUCCGGACGUGGAACAAGACGCUGCAAAAGGCUGGCAUCGUAACCAAGCCCUUCACUCGCCAAGAGAAUACCAUGAUCCAAACUUGUGCUGUCGCAUGCUACAGCAUCGCGGUUGGGGGUGGAUUUGCUUCGUAUCUGCUGGGGAUGAACAGAAAGACAUAUGAAUUAUCAGGAGUGAACACAGAAGGGAACUCUCCAUAUAGUGUGAAAGAGCCUGGACUUGGGUGGAUGACUGGCUUUCUUUUUGUGGUUUGCUUUGUGGGUCUUUUUGUUUUGAUUCCUCUCAGAAAGGUUAUGAUAGUGGACCUGCAAUUGACAUAUCCUAGUGGCAUGGCAACAGCAGUUCUGAUAAAUGGCUUUCACACUCAGGGAGAUGAGAUGGCAAAGAAGCAAGUUAGAGGGUUUAUGAAGUACUUUUCAUGGAGCUUUCUGUGGGGUUUUUUCAAGUGGUUCUUUUCUGGGAAAGAGAAGUGUGGGUUCUCUGAAUUCCCCACUUUUGGACUCAAAGCUUGGAAGCAAACAUUCUUCUUCGAUUUUAACACAACUUUUGUGGGAGCAGGGAUGAUUUGUUCCCACUUAGUGAACUUGUCUUUGCUUCUAGGAGCCGUCCUCUCUUAUGGCCUUAUGUGGCCUCUUCUUGAUCGCCUCAAAGGCCGCUGGUUCCCUGAUUCCUUAGAAGAGAGUAAUAUGAAGAGCUUAUAUGGAUACAAGGUCUUUCUAUCCGUUGCUCUCAUUCUUGGAGAUGGACUUUACAACUUCGUCAAGAUUCUUGCAUCAACAAUCAUCAAUAUACACACUAGAAUGAAGAAAGCAAAAACCGGAAUGGACGACAAUGAAAAACCAGCUACAGACGAGAGGCAGGACGAAAUCUUCCUCCGAGAAACUAUUCCCCUGUGGGUGGGAGUGGCUGGCUACCUCCUCUUCGCCACCAUCUCCGUAAUUGCCAUCCCCAUAAUGUUCCCUCAGCUCAAAUGGUACUUCGUCCUCCUCGCGUACUUCCUCGCCCCCUCCCUCGCCUUCUGCAAUGCUUAUGGUGCUGGCCUCACCGACAUCAACAUGGCCUACAACUACGGCAAGGUGGCCCUCUUUCUCCUUGCAGCCAUUUCCCCCAAACCAGAUGCCUUAAUUGCUGGGCUUGCAGGCUGCGGCCUCGUCAAAUCCGUCGUCUCUGUCGCGUGCAUUCUCAUGCAGGACUUCAAGACUGCCCACUUGACCUCCACCUCCCCAAGGGCCAUGUUUGUCAGCCAGCUGAUCGGCACCGCGGUUGGCUGCGUCACAGCGCCGCUCAGCUUCUUCCUCUUCUACAAAGCCUUCGACGUGGGCAACCCGGAUGGGGAGUUCAAGGCGCCGUAUGCUCUCAUUUACCGAAACAUGGCGGUUUUGGGAGUGGAAGGUGUGGGGGCGCUGCCGAGGCAUUGCUUGCAGAUUUGUUAUGGGUUUUUUGGGUUUGCGAUCGGGGUGAAUGUGAUGAAGGAUUUGGGACCAGCGAAGGUGGGGAAGUGGAUGCCGCUGCCGAUGGUUAUGGCAGUGCCGUUUCUGGUGGGGGGUUAUUUUGCGAUCGAUAUGUGUUUGGGGAGUUUGAUUGUGUUUGUUUGGGGGAAGCUGGAUCGGGCCACGGCGGAGAUGAUGGUGCCGGCGGUGGCUUCCGGCUUGAUUUGUGGGGAGGGGAUGUGGACUUUGCCAGCCGCUGUUCUUGCUCUGGCUAAGAUUAAUCCUCCUAUUUGUAUGAAGUUUGUGCCAUCCUAGGAACAACACCCUUAUAACUUUAUCAAAUCUAGCUUAUGCAUGUGUGUUGUGUUUUUUUUUGAAGUGAUUUUAGAGUCGUGAUGUGAUCAUCAUUGUUAUUAGUGAGUUUGUAACCAAAAAAUCUUUUCUAAAGUUAUAUAUGGAUACAUGUAUCAGUCGACUCA